GCGAAGUCUAAAUCAGUUUGAUUAUAAUUAUAUCAAAGAAAGGUUAACGAUGUUCGCACAGUUUGCACCAAGAAUUCGAGAGAUAAAGCUCGCAAGAGAGCAGCUACAACAUUUAGUGAACGCUUUAACGGAAACCAGAGAUGAUGUUCGUCGUCUCCUUAACGAAGAGUGUUCCACCUCAAACGAGUGGCAAGAUUUCGAGACAGUCUCCAAUCGAAUUGACCGGUUAAACGCCUCUGCAAUUCAGCUUACAACACGGGCGGAAAGUAAACUGCAGGUCGCUUUUGUUGGUUCCGUUGGCGCCGGAAAAUCGACUUUGAUAAACGCCUUACUCGGUGAAAACAUAAUGCCUGUUACUCGAGCUGAGACCACCUUUUGCAACGUAGCGGUGACCGGGUCUUCAAGCGACGAGUGGACGGCGGUCGAAAGAAGCUCUGGUAAAUCUCUAGAGAUUUCCGAGUUUCGACAGCUUCUUCACGUUCUAAAAGCUAAAGAACAGCGGGAAACACUCGGUCUCACCCCGGCCAGUAUUAUUGAUGUGAAAUGGCCUACAGCGCGAUGUAAGGCUCUUGUGGAAAAUGUUGUGUUGUACGAUACUCCGGGAAUAGGCGAACGGAAGGCUACAGAUGAUGCAGUGACCGAACUCUGUAAGUUUGUGGAUGUCAUUGUCGCCGUUAUGGAUAUUCAUAGCCCCAGUUUGAGAACCGUAAGUAACACCUUACCAUUUUAAAUGAGAUCAACCCCGAAAGCGAAACAAGGCUCUUAAAUUACUGCCGAACAAAUGAAGUUUGUGUUACCAAAACUAACACACUGACACACUCUCCUCAUCGCUUGCUCUGAGUUAGCGAGAUUUAUCGAUUAGACUGAAAAAUGCUACAAGUCCAACCCCUCAGCAUUUUAUUAACUUAUAUUUAGGAAUUGAAAUCAAUUUUUUUCCCAGGACGACUCCAUGUUUCAGAGACGCAUGAAUGACGCCAUAUUGUAUAUUUCCUUUUUGAUUUGUAUAUUUGAAUCUGACUAAGUAUAUUCAAAACAUGUAUAACUUUGCUCUACGCUGUACUUAUACUCGAAAAACCUGUCGUAUUUUUUUGUUAAGAUUCCGCGAGCGAAACAGUGAAGAGUUUUCUUCAGAACUGGAUUCAAUAUUUUCUUGGGUCCAUGUUUAUUUUUUCGUAGAAUGAUUACAAUGCUUGGGUAAAUAUUGCUGAUAUACAUACACGUGGCGCCUUAUGGAUUAUUGUUUUGUCGGUAAAUUAAGGGGGGGGAUUUUUAAGGAUUGCAUUGCCCUUGGUGAAUAAGCAGUCGGGAUAAAAUCAGAGAUACUCUCAGAGAGCCACUGCCUGUAACUGGGCUUACUAUACUAGUAAUUCACCUAGUAAUUUCGAGCGGAAGAAGAUUAUGCUAAUCCGUUUCGCUUUGUGCUUUCCAAACAAAAAUUCUUUCCAGGCUUUACUGACUGAAUUCUGUCACACUAUUGUAACAAUUGUAAUUAAGCUUGUAAAGUAUAAGGCUGGUUUUAUCUAUCGACCUGGCCUUUGAUUAAUUUUGACGUGUAAUUUACGUGCAUAAGUGGUGUUCAAAAUGUAGUCAUCUCAACUGCCCUGUAGGUAGUGGAUUUCGUGACAGCUGUUAACUGCAGAUACACUUUGGGGGUUUUCACCAAGUGGGACAUGUUUCAAGAGAACCAUUCUUCUGACGACUAUACAGAAAUCCCGACAGGCGACAUUAAAGAUCGCUGCGUGGCAGAAUUCAUGACCGCUGUGUCUGACAGAGGAAAGGUUUUCUUCAUUGACUCGCAGACUCAAAGGGAAGCAGUGAGGUGCCCUUUACAACAGGUAACUCUGGUGAGACUUGAAUUGACUCUUAAUUCAAGGACAGUAUUUCCAAUAUUUAGAAUUAGAGCUGAACCCUUAAUUUCUCAUUCUUACCAGAAUAAUAACAAUUUCUCUCUCUUUGUGAAAGAAGGACAUCAAUGGUAAGAGGCUAGAUAAAAAUGUUAGCGAAAUCUUUGUGAGUUGCCUGGGAAUGAGCAUUUCUGCCAAGAGGAGAAAAAAAUACUCCAGGUCCCUUCAUCUCUAGGAAACCAGGAUAAGCUCCAUGGUUAUUUUUUUAUCAAACUUUGAGUCCAAAACCGAAAUUCUUCCAACGAAAGGCUCCUAUAAUACCAAUCAACUUGAAUUAUUAUAAUUUAAUGGACGAGAAAUAUUUCUAAGCUUAUUUAAACACUGGUGCAAACUUUCCCUUAUCAAAAUUUCUGGAUACCCCCCCUCCCUCGCUUUGGUAUUUGCCCUGCUAAUUAACUAUUUAGCCUUCCCAGACCAACUUUGUUCAUUUUUUUUUUUUGAAGCAGAAUGAAGCCUCAUCCACUACUUCAGAUGAAACAGAAACAGAAGGUUCCCGAGGAUUUAAGGAAUUCGAACGCAACUUGGUCGAAGCAGCUAAAGGUGCUUUAAAAUUCGACACACUCAAGUACGAUAUGCAGGCUUUCGUUGCACAAGCAAAGGGAUUGUCAGGAAAUCUGGGCAGAAUAAUGGAAAGCCGAAAGCAAAAGAGAAUUCAGCGGCUCUCAAACCGGAUGAACAAGCUUACCGAUGCCGAGAAUAGCAUAAAGUCGCACCUGUCUCAAGUAUCAAGUAUCCUUGUAGAUGUAGUGAAGCGCCUUCAGCGAGACCGACAGAUUGCUGAGUUCAAGAUGCAAAUAGAACAUGACAUGAAGAACGGUGUCUCUCCAGAAAACGCCUUAGAUCGGUGCCGGGAUGGUUUGAACCAUAGACUCCAGGUUCUGGUGAAAAAGGACAAAGAUUUCAAGGAACAGUUGGACUGUAUCUGGAAUUGCCUGUCGAAAGUGGCAGAUGGACCUGGUAGACUCACUUUCCAAGUAACGGAGCCCACGUGGAAAAGCGAGGAUUUUCAGCUCGACGAGAGUUUCGAAUAUCAAGGAAAUGACCUACACGGCUGCCUAACAAAUCCAAGUUUACCUUCCAAAAUGGUGUGCUGUGGUUUAUUAGGAGCUUUGAUAUAUGGUCAAAGCGGAGGUAAGAAGUUCCUCUAGGUGUCUUAUAAACUUCCAUUCGGACAUGAUCAUGUUGGACCAACCAUAGGCAGGACUAGAAAUUGAAAUUUGUCUAGUGCCUCCAAUUGCCUAAAUAUAUCUUUUAUCCAUUCAUUCAAUUAUUCAUUCUUUCUUUCUUUCAUUUACUGAUUUGUUUGUUCAUUCAACUUUUUGUUAGAUUUUCUCUGCUUUAGCUGCGUAAGGUUUUGAGUUUUUGGUAGCAAAAAUCCCGCCAGUAAGAGGUGGGUUUCAAUCAUUAGUGCAGAAAGAUCAACUUUCAGAUGAUCUGAAUUCCUACGUCGACUCUCGUUGUCAACCUCGCCUCGAACUUUUUGGAUGUCCACAUAAAAUGAUUUUAUCUUUUUCAUCUCGCAAAUUGUUUUUUAUUUCUUCAGCUCUAAUCUCAGCAAUUGGUGUACCUGCGGUAAACAGUUUAGUACCAUGGACUGAUUUGAAUGGAUGGAUGAAAUACUUUUGGCCCGCAUGUCAAGCUGAGGUCACUGCGGUCCAGAAGUUCUUCGAAACCAAAGUGAAGACAUUACACGAGGUGUGUAUAAUUCACUAAAAUUUAAAAGUUACAAAGCCGCCUUUCUUGUCUAAAUAGCGUAUUGCGAUGAACAGUUUUGAUAAAGUUUCAAGUGACAACGUGCAAGUACAUACAAUUACGAGGAAGAAAGCGAAUUCGAAAGAUUUUCAAGUUGGCCAGUCACAAACUUACUCCGACUAUUUAGGUUCUGAAAGGGGGGAAUAUAAGCAUUAUAACCCACUCGUUAAUUUUCGCUAUUCUAGUGGGUUCUUUACGUCACGUGGCGUAAAAUCACGGCACAGUUACCACGCAAUAACCCCUGAUUGUUUCCGUCGAAAAGAAAUAAAGCCGGCGCAAAAAAGCCAGCUCAAUUUUUCAUCAUUUUUUCUUUAAAUGGAACAAAAAGGAACUCGCCUUUUUAGAGUCCACUGAUUUUGACAGAAAAAAGGUAAUCUCAAGUGCUGCUCCGGAAAGUGCAAAAAAUGUCGACAAAAUUUGCUGUCAACGCACCAUACGAAAAUUAGUGGGAGGGUUAUAAAAUAAAUAAACCCCUUCUGGUUUGCUGGUAUGUCGGCUGACAAUUUACUUGGCCGAGAAAUUGUCCUCAAAAUUUCACAUGUGCCCUGGAAGCUUUGCAACUCAAGCCAAUUUUCAUUUCUCGCAGCAGACGUUAUCAGCCAACAUACGUAUCAGCCGCCUGAAGGGAUUUAUUUACUAUUAACGAAGGUCUUACGUACAAUUAUGAUUUAUCAGAAAAAACUCAACAGUCCUUGCAUGCUUUUUCCCGCCAUAGGAAAAAUGCGAACAAGUGGCAAUUGCAGGAAUAAGUGACUUAAAAGAAACAGCGGAGAUUAGAGUUCGUGGUGUAAAACGUUCAUUAGAAGACGACAUAAGAUUUAUCCAGGAUGGAGAAAACUUUCUCAACAAACGGAGGAGGAUUACAGAUCGUCUACAAAGUUCGUUUGAGGCUUUUGAAGACAAAAUACACGAUAUUCGAACACGAAAAACCAUAAAUGUUUAGCUUCCUUAGAUCUAAGAUGGAAGAGUUAAGAGACACUCUAUAGAAAUAUUAAGAUAAAAACUGAAAAAAACAAAUCGUUUAUGAAAGUUACCCUCUAAGCAUUUGAUUUAAUCAGUUAACAAGAUUUUUGAGAUGAGCCGAGAAAAAAUUAUUUUCAUAUUUGUUUCAGAGUUAAGGCUGACCAGAGUUCCUAUAGAGCUUAGUAAGUUGUUUAAUCAGGAUCAGGUAGUUCUCGGGCAUGAGAAUGCCUCUUUGAGUAGUCAACCUUUGCCAUUCCUUUUACAAAAAAAACAUUUGUACCAACUUGAAAUGUGUAAUUCGAAACUCUGAAAAUCCGAGAGAAGCACACAACCACGAGUAGGGUGCUUUCAUUUUGUUUGGGAUAGUUUUUAGAUUCCGGCAUUGACAACUUAUGAGCCUCAAGUAAUGCAUGAGUAUGGUACCAAUUACAUGCACCAUAUAAUUUUCACCGUUUGUUUGAGGGACAAAAGAUUUUUGACAUUUUCUCGAAUUUUUCUCAAUUCCAUGGCUGUACAUUCUGAUAAAAUUAAAUGCAUGAAUUCAUUUGUUUACCUUGUGCGUGCCGAACGAGGUGAAGACCAAGACCAGU